ACAUUCAGAGUGAGAGCUCGUUUUUUUCAAUCGUCUUCCAAAAUGCAGUUGUCCCUUCGUUUGUAGGCGGUUAGGGAUAGAUAGCUCCUGAGCAUUUAAAAUGAAAAUGCAGCUUCGGUUGUUCCUGUCUAUUUAUCUGUUAUCGCUUUUGGGAUGGCAUGUUCUAGCCCAAGGUCCCCCGGCUGUGACUGGAAGUUACAAAGCUUCAGGAGAGAUAGUAAACAAGCUUGAAGAUGACUCAGGCAUCACUCUUCAGAUUGCUUUCGACGAAAGUUACGAUGCAGAAUCAAACAAUGCUGUCUUCCUCUUGUGGGUUAUGGGGAAAAAUGUAUCUUUCUUUGAAAACUUCAAGACUAAUCAAACAUUUCGAUAUAGCGAUGCUAAAACCUGCCAACUGCAAACGGUGGACGAAUGGAUAAAAACAAAAUCUCCGCCAUCCUUGAUGAAUUACGAAGAUACCAAUGGCACUGUGAGGUUUUCUUUGAAGCAGCUCUUCUCACUCUCAGACAAUUAUCUCACAGAAAAAAAUGUUCCUGACACAUAUCGUGGCAUUCCUGCAAGAAAAUGGAUGUACGAAAUCAAAGGACGGGAACAAGAAGGUGGAGGAAGAAGAGUGCUCAAUGUGUACGCUUAUUGGUCAGAUGGUUCAUGGAAUGUAACUUCCCACUCUUCUCAAGUUCCCUUAGGAUAUAUUGUGUCUAAAUGGACAUACAAAAACAAAGCAAAAGAUGUAAAACUUCACGAAUCAUUCAUCAACGUAUAUUCUUUUGUACCUGAUACAAUUAACCACAAGUUGUUUGAGCCUGUUCAAGGAGUAGUGUGCCCAGAUCGGAAGCAGACCUUACAGUUUCCUUAUGUAUUUGAUUGGCAGGCUAUGGCGAUGCACUCUGAAUUGAUUUUACCUGAUUAUCAAGAAAUUAGAUAUGUAGAUACGUGGUACAAUCCAAGCAGCAAGUUGGUCAGGGUAGACAUAGAAAGACUUAAAGAAGAAGUUCCUCCUUUCCAAGAAAAGGAACGGCGUUACCAAUCAGAGAUGGUUAGUGGCGAAAUGGGAGUUGUAUUUAGAGUAGGUUACGUCAAAGGCUUAAUCAGCUGCAAAGUUAUUCCAUUAGAUCAGUACGAAUUUGAUGUACAGAAUCUGAUUAAUUUUAAUCUUCCCUUGAGAGAGUGGAGAAUAGGCAAACUUUUUGGCCUCAAUGAUACGACAUACGUAUAUCUAGGAAAGACGACAAAGAUGGAUAUACCCUGCCACUUGUUUCAAGGCAUACGUACAGACUGGCCGGAGGCUUCUUUAAAUGUUAAAUCCCUUUGGGAGUGGUGCUUCUCUGUCAACAUGUCCAAAAAGGACGAUAAAGUUGUAUUCAGAAAUGGAGAAUUUGGGCUGGUUUCAGCUCAAAUAAAAAUCCUAGAGAGUGGUAAACCUAGCGAUUAUCCUACAAAUUUCCGCAUGAUUCACCACUUUUAUGAUGUGAACAUUAAAGAUCCUGCCUUGAUGGAGGCCAAAAGUUUUGAUAUUAGUAGGUGUUUUCAAGAGAAUGAGAAAAGACGCCUCCAAUUCGAAGUUGAUUGGAAAAUCACAGAUGGCAACUUAAUGGAUGUGGAGAAUGCUACAUCAGAUAUCAAGUUCUUGCAAAAGUGGAAACAAGCAAUUUAUCAGUUCUCCGAGAUAAAAACUUCAACAUUAAGAGUCUCCUCAGUUACAGCGAUGGUGAAAGAUAAGAAGCUCUACAUAAAGUUCCUGCUGCUAGGCGUUCAUAAAGACCUGCCGAAGAGCGUAAGAGAUGGUCAAAAGACUGCAUUUCAAGCCGAGAUUACCUUCAGAAACCGUGUCAAUGAUGGAAAAGUCUUCAUUUAUCAUAGGCCUACUCCAAAUGCACGGAUCCAGAAAAUUUAUGUGGUCAAACAUAGCGUGAAUCUCCAACUUAAUCGCACAUUUGAGCGUCAUACUGGGCCGACGGAAGGACCUACACAACCUACUACGCCAAAAAGGUUCCCUUUUAGCUUGAUUACUGAGCCAGAAAAAGAAAAAAGCACAAAAGAAGGUGGUUUAACAGCUAAUAUAAUCUCCACACCUCCAGGUGGUAUUUCGAUCACAAGCUCACCAGACACAAGAACUGAAAAGCCAGAAAAAUUGACACGCCCUAAAUCUACAAAAUACCAAGGUGGUGCUGUUGCUUCUGUGUCAGUAGCCAUGCUUUUGGUAGGAAUUACCAUUGGUGCCUCUGGUACUUUCAUUAAAUUUAGUGGUAUGCCAACAUGUUUGCAAGGUUUAUGCUCUUCAAAUGCAUAAACCCUAACAAUAUACCUUAUCUUUGUUGGUUAUUAAUAAAUGUUUCGAAACUGUAUAUAGUUAUUUGUCUGUGUGUAAGCAAAGUCUAAAAAAUAUUAAAAAGACAAGAAUGUUUUGUGGAAAAGAAAUGCUUUAGUUGCAUUAUAUAAGUAUACAUCUAAAUAAACUUUGGUUUGAUUAGA